CAUAGAGUGGGUGAUUGCAGAAGACACAAAGGAAGAGGCAGUGUUAGAAGAGACAGAUUUACUGAGAAAAAAAGAAAAAGGUCAAGGCAAUGGCACCUCUCAGUCAGAAAGAGAGAGUGACGAAAACAAAGAGGGAAUGUGGACUGAACAAAAUGAGCUUAAAUAUGGUGGAGAUGGAGUGAGAAACACACAAAACGAUCAGUACAGUGAGAAACUAAAAGCAGUAGAGAGUGAUGAAGUGCAGAGAGGAGAGGAGCAAGAGUACAACGAAGAGCAUACAGGUAUCCCUCCUGUUGGGCGCUCCCGUAGAGCUGCUAAUCGCCAUCCCCAUUUCCCCCAAUAUAACUACCAGGUUCAGGUAGCUGAGAACCAGCCUCCUGGUACCUCAGUCAUAACUAUGACAGCUGAGGACCCUGAUGCUGGCGAGGCAGGCAGACUCAGUUACAGCAUGGCCCCUUUAAUGAACAGCAGGUCCAUGGAUUACUUCCAAAUUGACCCAAUUACUGGCCUUCUCACCACCACACACAUUCUGGAUCGUGAACACAUGGACUUGCACUACUUCAGAGUUACUGCCACAGACCACGGCUCACCACGCCUUUCUGGAACAACUAUGGUGACCAUCACCGUGGCUGACCGUAAUGACCACUCUCCUGUGUUUGAGCAAACAGAGUACCGUGAGACCAUUCGAGAGAAUGUGGAAGAGGGAUAUCCUAUCCUGCAGCUACGAGCAACGGAUCUUGACUCGCCGACAAAUGCCAAUAUACGCUACAGAUUUAUCGGAGAAAGUGCACCUGUUGCACGCUCUGCUUUUGAGAUUGAUCCACGAUCAGGCUUGAUCACGACACGAGGUAUUGUUGACAGAGAAGCAAAUGAGCGUUAUACAUUGCUGGUGGAAGCAAGCGACCAGGGGAGAGAGCCGGGGCCACGGUCAGCCACUGUUAGCGUCCAUAUCACUGUGCUGGAUGAGAAUGAUAAUGUUCCACAGUUCAGUCAAAAGCGGUACGUGGUUGCAGUUAGAGAGGAUGUUCGACCACAUUCCGAAAUCCUCAGAGUCAGCGCCUCGGACCAGGAUAAAGAUGGGAAUGCUGCUGUGCACUACAACAUAAUCAGUGGGAACAGCCGAGGACAGUUUGCUAUUGACAGUGUUACUGGAGAAAUCCAGGUGGUCGCGCCACUGGAUUUUGAGACAGAACGUGAGUACACACUACGACUGCGGGCUCAGGACAACGGCCGCCCCCCUCUUUCCAACAACACUGGAAUUGUGAGUGUGCAGGUCACCGAUGUCAACGAUAAUCCACCCAUUUUUGUAUCCACACCUUUCCAGGCUACAGUGUUGGAGAGCGCUCCUAUUGGUCACUCCAUUCUCCACAUACAAGCUAUUGAUACAGAUAAUGGUGACAACGCACGCCUAGAAUACCGUUUGACGGGGACUGGCACAGAUACACCAUUUGUUAUCAACGCUGCCACUGGUUGGGUCACAGUGAGCUCAGAGCUUGACCGUGAAUCGGUAGAGCACUACUUCUUCGGUGUUGAGGCUCGAGAUUAUGGCGCCCCACCUCUUUCCGCCACAGCUAGUGUUACAAUCACAGUAAUGGAUGUUAACGAUAACCGACCAGAAUUUCUACAAAAAGAGUAUUACGUCAGACUAAAUGAAGACGCAGCUGUUGGAACAAGUGUGGUCAGCGUAACCGCAGUUGACCGUGAUGUGAAUAGCGCUGUCACAUAUCAAAUCACCGGUGGAAACACACGUAAUCGCUUUGCCAUUAGUACAGCAAGUGGCGGAGGACUUGUCUCCCUGGCACUGCCUUUGGACUACAAACAGGAACGUCGCUACGUGCUAACAGUAACUGCUUCUGACAGAACUCUCCACGACACCUGUCAGGUGCACAUCAACAUCACAGAUGCCAAUACACACCGGCCCGUAUUCCAGAGCGCUCAUUAUUCAGUAAGUGUUAAUGAGGACCGGCCUCCCGGCAGCACCGUGGUGGUCAUAAGUGCCACAGAUGAUGAUGUUGGAGAAAACGCACGUAUCACUUACUACCUGGAAGACAAUAUUCCACAGUUUCGUAUCGAUCCUGCAUCUGGAGCGAUCACACUUCAAGCUGAACUAGACUAUGAAGACCAGAUGACUUACACUCUUGCCAUCACUGCUCGUGACAAUGGAAUCCCACAGAAAUCUGACACCACAUAUGUGGAGGUCAACGUUAAUGAUGUAAAUGACAAUGCACCUCAGUUCCUGAGCCCCAGGUAUCAGGGUGGAGUUAGUGAGGAUGCUCCACCUUUCACUAGUGUCCUGCAGAUCUCCGCUACUGACCGUGAUGCUCACGCCAAUGGCCGUGUCCAGUAUACGUUCCAAAAUGGAGAAGAUGGUGAUGGGGAUUUCACUAUUGAACCAACCUCUGGAAUAGUCCGAACCGUCAGGAGACUUGACCGUGAAAGUGUUCCCUUCUACGAGUUGACUGCAUUUGCCGUGGAUCGUGGUGUACCACCUCAGCGUACACCUGUACACAUUCAAGUCAGUGUUAUGGAUGUCAAUGACAAUGCUCCAGUGUUCCCUGCUGACGAUUUUGAGGUUCUAGUCAAGGAGAAUAGCGCCGUUGGGUCCGUCGUGGCUCAAAUUACAGCGACUGAUCCAGAUGAGGGCCCAAACGCUCAGAUUAUGUAUCAGAUUGUGGAAGGCAAUAUUCCAGAAAUCUUCCAGAUGGACAUUUUUUCAGGUGAACUCACCUCUCUAAUUGACCUUGACUAUGAAACACGGAACGAGUACGUAAUCGUUGUCCAGGCCACAUCAGCGCCGCUAGUCAGUCGUGCCACUGUGCGCAUUCGACUGGUUGACCAGAAUGACAAUGUGCCCCAAAUGCAAGACUUUCAAAUCAUCUUUAACAACUUUGUAUCCAAUCGAUCCAACACCUUCCCAAGUGGGGUCAUUGGACGAGUUCCAGCCCAUGACCCAGAUGUUUCGGAUCGUCUCUACUACACUAUAGAUCGUGGAAAUGAGCUGCACCUGCUGCUGUUGAACCACACGAGUGGGGAGAUUCGCCUCAGUCGGAAACUGGACAACAACCGACCAUUGGUGGCCCCGAUGCUCAUCACUGUCACUGAUGGCAUUCACAGCGUCAGCGCUCAGUGUGUGUUGCGGGUUCUCAUCAUUACGGAAGAGAUGCUCAGCAGCAGCAUCACUGUGCGACUCCAGAACAUGUCCCAGGAGCACUUCCUGUCCCCGCUGCUCACUCACUUCCUGGAAGGGGUGUCAGCAGUGCUUUCAGUCUCUCCUGAUGAUGUGUUUGUUUUUAACGUGCAGCCGGAUGCAGAUGCAGGAAAGGUGCUCAAUGUUAGUUUCUCCGCAGCAUUGCCGGGAGGGCAGUUUUUCCCAUCGGAGGCUCUGGAGGAGCAGCUGUAUCUCAACAGGCCUAGACUCAACACCCUUGCACAUAUGGAGGUUCUCCCGUUUGAUGAUAACGUGUGCUUGCGUGAGCCAUGUCAGAACUACAUGAAGUGCAUCAGCGUGCUCCGCUUCAACAGCUCCGCUCCAUUUAUCGCCUCCCCAUCCACGCUGUUCCGGCCCAUCCAUCCCAUCACAGGCCUGCGCUGCCGCUGCCCAGCCGGAUUUACCGGAGAUUACUGCGAGAUUGAAAUUAACCUCUGUUACUCAAACCCCUGCAUGAAUGGAGGAGUGUGCGCUCGCAGGGAGGGAGGCUACACCUGCAUCUGCAGAGAGGAUUACACAGGCGAGCGUUGUGAGUUUGACCGGCGUGGUGGGCGGUGCGUAGCAGGCGUUUGUCGUAACGGUGGUACGUGCCGUGAGCUCUCCGGAGGGGGAUUUAGGUGUGAGUGUCCUGCAGGAGGUUAUGAGAAGCCCUACUGCUCUGUCACCACCAGAUCCUUCCCGCCAAAAUCAUUCAUGAUGUUCAGGGGACUCCGUCAACGAUUCCACCUCUCCAUCUCUCUCUCGUUUGCCACAUUGGAAAGUAAUGGUUUGCUCUUCUACAAUGGCCGGUUUAAUGAGAAGCACGACUUCCUUGCUUUAGAGAUACUGGACGGACAAAUGGUUCUUAAAUACUCCACAGGUGAGUCGUCUACUCAGGUGAGUCCAUACCUGCCUGGUGGAGUGAGUGAUGGCAACUGGCACACCAUUCACAUCCAUUACUACAACAAGCCAAAGCGAAGUGUGAGCGGUGAGGUUCAGGGUCCAUCUGAUGAGAAGGUUGCUGUCUUGAGUGUAGAUGACUGUGAUACGGCCGUUUCUCUGAGGUUUGGCGCUCAGCUCGGCAACUACAGCUGUGCUGCACAGGGGAGACAGACCAGCAGCAAGAAGUCUUUGGAUCUGACUGGCCCGUUGUUUUUGGGUGGAGUUCCUAACCUGCCUGAGAAUUUCCCGUUUGGUACAAGAGAAUUUAUUGGCUGCAUGAAAGACCUGCACAUCGAUAACAGACCAGUGGACAUGGCAGGAUUCAUUGCUAAUAAUGGCACUUUACCUGGUUGCAGCGCCAAACUGCCUUUCUGCAAAUCAAACCCAUGCCAGAAUGGCGGCACAUGUCGGGUGAGCUGGGAGACCUUCUCCUGUGACUGCCCUGUUGGAUUCGGAGGGAAAGACUGCAGCUUAGUGAUGUCCCAUCCUCAUCGUUUCCUUGGAAACAGUGCACUGUGGUGGGACCUUAAGAAUGAAGUCACCAUCAACACACCCUGGUACAUGGGGCUGGUGUUCCGCACCAGAUCAAAAGAGGGAGUUCUCCUGCAGGCUCAAGCUGGACAGUACACAAACUUGAUCUUUCAGGUGGUUUCUGGUCAAUUGGUGUUUUCUGUGGCACGGGGUUCGACUCGGCCGGUCAGGUUGAGAUUGGAUCAGGUUCAGGUGUGUGAUGGACGCUGGCAUGACCUACAGCUUGAGCUCCGUGAUGUCAGGAGUGGCAGAGAGACUCGAUAUAUUGCAACAGUACGACUGGACUUUGGACUGUAUCAGGGAACAGUCAUUGUUGGGAAUGAGAUUAAUGGUGUAAAGGUGAAGCAUCUGCAUGUGGGUGGAGUUUUAGGGUCAGGAGAGGUGCAAAAUGGGAUACGUGGCUGUAUUCAGGGGGUACGUCUGGGGGUGCGUCCUGAUUCCCCUUCAUUGCCCCGCCCUUCCAGAACCAUCAAAGUGGAGACUGGCUGUAAUGUUGGCAACCCGUGUAACUCCUCCCCUUGUCCUGCCCACAGCCAAUGCACCGAUGAAUGGGAUCGACACACCUGUGUUUGUGAACCAGGAUUCUAUGGUAAAAGCUGUAUGGAUGCAUGUCAGCUUAACCCAUGCGAGAAUCAAGCAAAGUGUCACAGGAAGCCCAGCUCCUCUCACGGAUAUAUCUGUGACUGUGAGGACAGUCACUACGGACAGUACUGCCAACACAGGAUCGAGCAGCAAUGUCCUCGCGGUUGGUGGGGCAGCCCGACAUGUGGACCCUGCCACUGUGAAGCAAGUAAAGGCUUUGACACAGACUGCAAUAAGACCACUGGACACUGCCACUGCAAGGAGUUUCAUUACAGACGGCGGGGCAGUGACGUCUGCCUGCCAUGUGACUGCUACCCAGUGGGCUCCUUUUCAAGGUCAUGUGACCCUGAGAGCGGCCAGUGCCAGUGCCGACCCGGCGUGAUUGGCCGACAGUGCAACAUGUGUGAUAAUCCGUUUGCUGAGGUCACACAGACAGGCUGUGAAGUGAUCUAUGAUGGUUGUCCGAAGACCAUAACAUCAGCAAUCUGGUGGCCCAGAACAAAGUUCAACCUGCCUGCUGCUGUCCCUUGUCCCAAAGGAUCAGUAGGAACUGCGAUUCGACAUUGUGAUGGAGAGAGAGGAUGGCUGGAUCCAGAUCUGUAUAACUGCACCUCUCCUCCUUUUGUGGAGCUAAACACAGCCCUGGAGGCCGUAGAGAGAAAUGAGACAGAACUCAGCACCAUCAUUGAGAAAAAACUGGCUCAUCAGCUUCGUGAUGUCACAGAGGCAACAACCCGUCUCUAUGGCAAUGACCUUCAGAUAGCCGAGCGGCUGCUGUCUCGCCUCUUGACCUUUGAGAGCCUCCAGUCAGGCUUUGGGUUGACAGCCACUCAGGAUGCACAUUUCAAUGAGAAUGUGUUACGAGGCUGCAGUGUUUUGUUGGGUCCGGGCAGUGCUGCAUUGUGGAGGGGUCAAAGUUCAGGUCAGAGCGGAGCGGCGGGAUUGGCCGAUCUGUUGGAGCAGUACGCCCGCAUACUAGCCCAGAACAUGAAACAGACCUACCUCAAUCCUGUUGCACUUGUCGCCCCAAACAUCGUCAUGACUCUGGAUCGCGUUGACAACCACACACACGUCCGGCGACGGUUUCCACGGUACCACAGUACUCUGUUCCGAGGUCAAGCGCUUUGGGACGCUCACACACAUGUUGUGCUGCCCCCUACUGCACUAGUCCCACAGCGCAACAUCUUUUCAGCUCCAUCUCCUGCUGGCCCUGUAAACCUGUUGGCCAAUCAGACGCUAGAAGCGACGGCAGCACGACGUUCUUUGUCACUGCAAGAGGCGCCUGUCUCCAUUGUCAUCCUCUUCAUCUAUCGAAGCCUGGGGGCUGCUCUUCCUCCUAAAUACCACACAGACCGUCGUGGGGUCAGGUUACCCAGACACCCUGUGUUGAACUCGCCUGUGGUGAGUGUGUCUGUGUAUAAUAAUCAGACAUUUGUGGAGGGUUUUCUGGACACACCAGUUUUGCUGGAGUUUCGCCUUUUGGAGACCAGCAACCGCAGCAAACCGCUGUGUGUGCAGUGGAAUCACAGCAGCCCUGUAUCAGCAGGAGGCUGCUGGACUGUGAGGGACUGUAGUGUGGUCUAUAGGAACAUGUCACAUGUUCGCUGUCAAUGCCACAGACUGGGAACAUUUGGAGUCCUCAUGGACAGCUCACAGAGAGAGCAGUUAGAGGGUGACCUGGAGACCCUCGCCAUAGUAACGUACUCCUCGCUCUCAGUUUCCAUGGCGGCGUUGUUGCUAACAGUGCUGGUUUUAUCGUGCCUGAGGGGACUGAAAUCAAACACACGCAGCAUUCAUUCCAACAUGGCUGCCGCUACUCUACUCUCCCACCUCACAUACCUGCUGGGCAUCAACCAGACGGAGCAACAGUUCCUGUGCACGGUGGUUGCAAUUCUGCUCCAUUACUUCUUCAUGUCGGCAUUUGCAUGGCUGUUUGUGGAAGCUCUGCAUAUUUACCGCAUGCAGACAGAAGUGAGAAACAUCAACUAUGGAGCCAUGAGAUUCUACUAUGCUAUUGGCUGGGGAGUCCCUGCUAUCAUUACAGGGCUGGCAGUCGGGUUGGAUCCAGAAGGGUACGGCAACCCAGAUUUCUGCUGGAUCUCCAUGUACGAUAAGCUCAUGUGGAGCUUUGCGGGACCAGUUAGCGUCGUCAUACUGAUGAAUGGUGGGAUGUUUUUAAUGGUCCUGCGUAUGACGUGCAACCCCACUCAGAAGGAGAUAAAAAAGCUGCCCGUGAUUUCUACUAUCCGCAGUGCCUUCCUCCUGUUAUUGUUGAGUUCUUGUGUUUGGUUGUUUGGUCUUAUGGCUGUUAAUAACAGUGUCCUGGCAUUCCACUACCUGUUCAUUGUCCUCUGUUGCGUACAGGGUUUGGCUGUACUGUUGGUUUUUACUCUCCUGAACUCAGAGGUGCAGGAGGCCUGGAAACUGGCCUGUCUGGGCAAAAAAAGCCCCAGUGAAGAACCUCCCAGACCUCCUCAGAUUACUGGCCAAAACCCGUACAACAGCGCCUCCCUGCUGGAACAGAGCGGAUUACACCGGAUCACACUCGGAACUUCAACUAUAUCAUCAGUCAGCAGUGCAAGGGAGAAUCUCUUGGCACGGCAGACUCUAGAACACAAUCUUGCUCACACAGGGGCCACUGACCUGGAUGUGGCAAUGUUCCACCGCAACGGAGGUACACUAACACACAAUAACCUGCAUGCAUGUGAGGACUCAGACUCAGAUUCUGAUCUCUCACUGGAGGAAGAGAGGAGUUUGUCCAUCCCGUCAUCGGAGAGCGAAGACAAUGUGCGCCUGCGUGGACGCAUCCAGCGACGCUUCAAACGGACUGGUCAUGGUGAACGUUUACUCACAGAGCCCUCCCACAACAGUGGAAAAGAUCUGGAUGGCAAUGACCUGCUCUCCUAUUGGCCAGCGCUGGAAGGCUGUGAGGCGCACUCUCUGCAGAAAUGGGGCUCAGAGCGCCGCCUAGGGGGCGACUACAGCAAGGACGCAGCUAAUAACAAUCAGCCAGAUGCAGCGCUGACCAGUGGAGAUGAGAACGGGCUCACACACAGACAUCGCAAGGGAAUCCUGAAGAAUCGUCUGGGCUGCCCUCCUGCUCUGCAGGGCCUGUCUGCUGUGGGUCGCGCUCCCAGUGAGAUGUCUUGGUACAGGACCUCCACAUUGGGUCACAGAGGCGUCCCAGCCGCCUCCUAUGGUCGUAUGUACUCCGGUACUGGCUCACUGUCCCAACCCGCUUCCAGAUACUCUUCCCGUGAACACCUGGAUUCACUUGCGCGACGACAGCGUUCUCGUGACAACCUUGACCUCUUGCCACGACGACGCGAACUUGGUGCUGAAUACCUGGGUGGGUCCAGAGAGAGGCUGGGCCCUGUUCACAGUAUCCAUGCCUCCAGGGAGGAUCUGGUGGGCAGGGGUGGUAUGGUGGGUUUAAUGGGGGCAGAGGGUUCAUUGAGUGGAUCGAGAACGCAGCUUAACACUCUAACGAGGCAACAAGCCUCUCGGGAGCACCUCGGAGGGGCUCUUAUGAGCAGUCGGUCCCGGGAGCAGUUGGAGUCUAAUGGUGGAGCGCAGCCCUGCAGGGAGUGGCUGAGAACCCUGCCGCCCCGACAGCUCUCACACCCUGAGCCGCACCCACCCUCCUCACCCCCUCCACCGAUCACAGAGGAACCCCAAGAAACCCUGCCCUCUCGCCGUGGUCGCCUAGACUCCGCCCCCCCAUGUAGGUACCCAUCAUCUGCAGCUGCACCCGGAGCCCCAUCUAGUCGCCCGCCCUCUAGUGAACACCUGGAUAUCCUCUCCUCCAUACUCGCCUCCUUCAGCUCAUCUGUCUUAACCCCGCCCCCUAACCCUGUGUCUGCCUCGGCAGGCCCUUCCCCUUCCCCGCCUCCUCUCUCUGCAACCUCUCAGAGCGUCUCUGAAGUGUCACCUGACUCUGAAGUUCAGCGGGCCUGCAGAGGCAUGGAGUGGCUGGAGAAGGUUCUGUUUCUGGGCUCAGAUGCACCAGAGGUACAAGGAAAGAUGCUGAAGGAGAGAACUGAGAAGAGGAAGAUCGAUCAAGAGAGUGAAAGCGUAGCCGAGGCUCGUGACGGCCUCCACCCACUGAAGGUGCUGUUCUCACACACUGCAGAUGCUGCUGGAUUGUGGGCGUGGUUUGGGAGUUUCAAAAUGGAAGAAGAGAUGAAAGACACAGAGCUCAGGAAGAGGGUACCAUAUCAUGUCCACAGAGAUGUACUGGAUGAGCUCAGUGUUGACCAAGUUGCAGAGAAAUCGGAUGUCAAAAUUUCAGCAAAAGAAAAACUCAAAGACGCUGUCAGGUGUACAGGCCCAAGGUUUAAGAACUGUUUCCUAUCAUUUAUUCCUCUCCUGGCAUGGCUGCCGCGAUACCCAUUUCGAGAAAAUGCUAUUGGCGAUCUUGUAUCAGGAGUCAGUGUGGGAAUCAUGCACCUUCCACAAGGUAUGGCAUAUGCUUUGCUGGCUGCGGUCCCUCCUGUUUUUGGUCUAUAUUCCUCCUUCUACCCCAUUCUCAUUUACUUCAUAUUUGGAACAUCCAAACAUAUCUCUGUGGGUACAUAUGCAGUUAUGAGCGUUAUGAUUGGCAGCGUGACGGAGCGUUUGGCUCCAGACUCCGACUUCAUGAUGCCAGGCAAUGACACCAACAUCACCAUCUUAGACACUGUCGGCCGUGAUGCGGAGAGGGUCAAGAUUGCUGCCACUGUGACUUUCUUAUCUGGCAUUUUCCAGUUGCUCCUUGGUUUGGUUCGGUUCGGUUUUGUGGUGACUUAUCUCUCAGAGCCAUUGGUGAGAGCUUACACGACAGCAGCCGCCAUCCAUGUUAUGGUCUCCCAGCUUAAAUAUUCCUUCGGCAUCAACCCACAACGGUACAGCGGACCUUUGUCUCUUAUAUAUACAAUCAUAGAGAUUUGUGCAUUGCUUGGAAAGACUAACAUUGGUACUCUGGUAGUUAGCAUUGUAACCAUUGCUGGCCUGAUCAUCGCGAAGCAACUUAGUGCCUUGGCAGCACGCAAAAUUCCUGUUCCUAUUCCUGUUGAGCUGAUCACUAUUAUUAUUGCUACUGUGGUGUCAUGGCAGAUGAAUUUGAAGACCGAAUACAAAGUUGAAGUAGUUGGAGAAAUACCAUCAGGUCUGCAGGCUCCCGUGGCACCCGCUGUUUCACUGCUGGGUUCAAUGGUCGGUGAUGCUUUUGCACUGGCUGUUGUUGGUUAUGGCAUUGCUAUCUCACUGGGUAGAAUUUUUGCCCUCAAAUAUGCUUACAAAGUUGACAGUAACCAGGAGCUCAUAGCAUUGGGUCUGUCUAACUCCAUUGGAGGCUUGUUCAACUGCUUUGCUAUCAGCUGCUCUAUGUCUCGCAGCAUGGUGCAGGUCAGCACCGGGGGGAAGUCACAGGUGGCUGGAGCGAUUUCUGCUCUGGUAAUUCUGGUGAUCUUGUUAAAGAUUGGAGAACUCUUUGAGGAGCUGCCAAAGGCAGUGCUGGCUGCUAUAAUCUAUGUAAAUCUGCAUGGCAUGAUGAAGCAGUUUGGAGACAUCCGCUCUCUCUGGAGGACCAACAAAGUGGAUAUGGUGGUGUGGGUGAUGACUAUGAUCUUGACAGUGUUGUUCAAUCCUGAUAUGGGACUGGCUGCAUCUAUUGCCUUCUCUAUCCUCACUGUUGUCUUCAGAACUCAGCUACCGAAAUACUCUCUCCUUGGCCAGGUUCCUGGCACCGACAUCUACAGACCAGUAGAGGACUACAAUCAGGUGAAGGAGAUUCCUGAUAUAAUGAUUUUCCGUUCAUCUGCAACAUUGUACUUUGCCAACGCUGAAAUGUACAUCGAUGCACUCUUUGAGAAGACUGGGGUAGAUGUGGCUAAACUUCUCUCACACAAGAAGAAGCUGGAAGCAAAGAGACUCAGAAAAGAAAAGAAAGCCGCAAAGAAAGCGAAAAAGGAAGCCAAGAAAAGAGCUAAAGAAGCUGCCGUACAAACUACUAAGGAUCCGCAGUUAUCGGACACAGAUGAAAGCUGCGAGGAGCCGGAGUUGUCACACACAGGGGCAAAUGGGGAUGUACAUAAGAUGUCAGUCAAAGAGCCAAAGCAUGUAGUAACUGUGGAGACGUGGCCUGACCCAGACACUGACCGCCCGCUCCCACAGGCAAUCAUUCUUGACCUGAGCCCAGUCAACUUCCUGGAUACAGUUGGCGUGAAAACUCUUCGCAAUAUCUAUAAAGAUUAUGGAGAGGCUGGUGUACAGGUGUACUUAUGUGGCUGCCAGAGAGGUGUUGUAGAGAGUAUGGAGAAUGGCGAUUUCUUCAGUGAGAAAUUAACUAAAUCGAUUCUCUUCUCAUCAGUACAUGACGCCGUUCUUUAUUGUCAGCAAGCAAACAGCGAGGAGGUUAUGCCGGCAACACAUUUGUAAAUCCAAACACCAAGCGUGAUACGGAACACUCCAGAACACAAAGAAAGAUGGAUUUUUAUUUAUUGUGUAUUUCACCAUGAGGAAGAAUAAAGUAAAGGAGAUGUUUUGAUGAAUAAUUAGUUUUUUUUUUAAAUAAUAAUCUCUUUUGAAUGUGAAAUAUCUGAGAAUGUGAGAAUCUGCCAUAGAGUUGUAUUGUACAAGUAAAAAUGUAAAUCAACUUUUGUAAUGGCAAAAAGCCAGCAAUUCUUGACAGGUUAUUCCAGGUUGUUACACUGUAGAGUUCCAGGUAAUUGAUGACGCUGAAAUAUUACGCAUGAAUGUAAACCCAGUUUCUCACUAAGUAAUCAGACUCCUGGAAAGCUUUACUACAUGAAAGUAGAGUACACAUUAGAGAUAUAUAUUACAGUUCAAAUGUUUGUGGUCAGUAAAGACAUUUCAACAUUUAAAUUUGAAAUAAAUGCUGUUCUUUUGAUCUUUCUAUUCAUCAAAAAAUGUAGCAGUUUCCAUAAAAAUAUGAAGCAGCACAACUGUUUUCAACAUUUAUAAUAAGAAGAAAUGUUUCUUGAGCAGCAAAUCAGCAUAUCCUUCAGAAAUCAGCAUAUGAUUUCUGAAGGAUCAUGUGACUGAAAUUCGUCGUUGCCAUCACAGGAAUAAACUGUAAUUAUCAAGUGUUAUAAUCUUUCACAAUAUUACUGUACUUGUGAUCAAAUAUAUGCAGUCUUGGUGAACAUAAGAGAAUUCUUUCAAAAACUUUACAGACCCCAAACUUUUGAAUGGUAGUGUAUUUACCAUAUAAAAUUCAGUGUAUGUGUUUUAGUGUGUAUAAGCUAUGUAUGCUAUGUGUUAACUUUGUAUGCAUGUGUAUUUAGAAUCAGCGUAACUUAGUCAUUUUCUUAUUCUUGUGGCAAAAUUGUUAGUAAAUUAUAUCUGCUAUGUUAUACUAUCGAUUACUUUGGUUUUGACUAAAGAGGAAAUAUUUAACCAAAUAAUCAAUUUUGGAAUCUUAGUAUGAAGUACAUUAAGUCAGUGUGAAUUACUAAUAACCAUCUCAGUGAUAUUUAAAAAUAACGUAGUUUUAUCAGAUAUCUUUACUUUUCUUUUUUAAUAUCAAGUUUUAGUGUAAGAAUUUAAGUAGAAUUCAUUUUGUUUAUACAACAUUUUUCAUUUGAUGGGUGCUGUUUUCAUGUAUGAAGACACAUUUAGAGAGUUCAAAAAUGGUGUGUUUAUGUAAAUGUGUAGGUCUUCCCAUAACAAGUUUCAGAGAAAAUGGUAUGAACAUUCCAGCAUAGCCUAAGAUCACAGAUCACAGAACCUGUCCAACUAGCAGUGUAUUGUUUCAAGAACAGAUGACACCAUGUGACAAAAGCACAAAUGGUGUGAAAUGGACUUAUUGUGCACACAAAAGGUGAAGAAAGAAUAGCCUGUGUGUUAUAUUGAUCAGUAUUAAAGAUAUAAAGAAAUAAAAAAAAAUACAACAAGUGAACAA